UGAUGUGUACAACCAAAUUCAAAGAACUCUCAAUUGGAUAGAUUAUGAGCUUAACAUAUGCUUGUCAGAAAAUGUAUAUUAAAUCCAGUUCUCUUCGCGGCGGGCAUUUUAAGCGGCGCAAAAUCUGAAUAGAUCAGAGCUACGUGUAUCAGAGGUUGCCGUAUGCAUAUGCUUCCAGAAAUAGGGGACAUUUGGUUUGGACCAGGUUAGGUUGGUGUUGCAACCCAGAAGACCGUAAACUUCGAUUUGCAGUGCAUUUAUGACACAUGAACUGGUGUUUUAGAUGUUACAAAUAUCAUCAUAAUAAUCAUCUGUCAAGAGGACAGUCUCUUUCAAAAGAAGUCAGUAAUACAUAACCUAAAAAAGUUGGUCCAUAAGCAGAAGAAAUGUUGAGAAGCAAAAUUACAGUUUUAUGUCGGAUGAGAAUUAAAACAUCAGUAUGUUUGCAUCAGAGGUAUCUAGAACAAUGCUUGCCACAGUCCUUACUGCAGAACGUGCGGCAUGUUGCUGCCACACGUACCGUCAGUCACCAAAACACGCCAUUCAGUUCCAUGAAAUGGAUCCUUCUGCUCAUCCCCACCACCACGUUUGGCUUGGGAACGUGGCAGGUCCAGAGGCGCAAGUGGAAACGACAACUGAUUGCAGACUUGAAGACAAGGACCAAUGCUGCACCACGUGAUCUCCCACUUGAUUUGGAGGAACUGUCACAGCUGGAGUACUGUCCUGUGCGUGUGCAGGGCCAGUUUGAACACUCAAGGGAGCUGUACAUUGGACCUCGCACCUUGAUAGCUGAUGGUGAUGCAGCAAGUCAGUCAAGCCUCACUACCCACAAGUCAGGAGUACAGUCUGGUUACCUUGUUGUUACCCCCUUCCAUCUCUCUGACAGGGAUAUGACCAUUCUUGUGAAUCGAGGAUGGGUACCGGCAAAUCACAAAAAUCCUAACACACGGAAGGCAGGUCAAGUUGAGGGAGAAGUGGAGAUUGUUGGAGUCGUACGACUCACUGAGAAGAGAGCUCCCUUUAUGCCCAAAAAUCAACCCCAUGCUUGGUUCUACAGAGAUCUACCAAAGAUGGCAGAAGCAGCAGGAACAGAGCCUGUGUUCCUAGAAGCAAAGGCAGAGACCACAGUUCCAGGGGGCCCUAUUGGGGGGCAGACUCGAGUGUCACUAAGAGAUGAACACUUAUCAUACCUGCUCACAUGGUAUGGACUCAGCGCUACUACAGCAUACAUGUGGUACAGGCUCUUCAUUGCAAGGAAACCUUUGCUAUAGCAAUGCUGUCCAGCCCUGUGGAAUAGUUGAACUGCAAAUAACAAGACGUGAAAAAUCUACUAAUAAAUAUAGAUUGUAAUUAUGUCUAACUGUAUAUUAUUGUGGACAAAUAAAUGGCUAAUAUUUUAGGCAUAAAGUCUCAGAAAAAUGGAGAACAGUACAGUGCGUUCACAUUUCAUGCAAAUUUGAAAUAGUGUAAUAUAAAAAAUACUGAAGUCUCAAUUCAUGAGCAAAGUUUUAAAUAAUCUAAAAUACCCCAAAAUUCAAAACUUCUCCUGAAUUAUAGAACCUGACUAAUUUGACAGCAAAUUCUGUUGAGAAUGACCAGGAUUAAAAACACAAGCAGUACCUGGCUGAAUAGUGAGUGCAUGCAACCCCAUCUACCCACUGUCCUCUUUCUGUGAACGUUCUCUAUUAGAUUCCAUGUCCUGAUACAGUGCAAGAAAGUGCAGUAGGAAAGAAAUUCUGACACAUUUUAAACUCUUGUAUAACUGUAGAAAAUGUUACCAAUAUUCAUACUGUACAAUUAAUCAAUCAGCUGUCAACUGUCUGUGAGACAUCAGCCACUCUGUCAAUGCAGUCAAAUUUGGAAACAUACCUUAGCGAGCCAAACAUUGGAUGUAAGAGAAGUGUGGGUAUGCUAAACUCACCUCUCAUCUCCAUAUAGUGCUGAAGUCUAGAAUGUGUGGAGUUGUAUCUUCACUCUCCCAUACAUCUUCAUGGCAUGGUAAUUAAGCACAGAAAUAAUGUUACCUUUACAUACAAUGAAAACAAAUGAACUCAUGUUUUCUUUUGAACAGAACUAUGCCCAUGUUUACAAGUCAUGUGAUUAUCCUCCAAAGGAUAUAAACCAACUGGAUGAAUGCUGAUGGUCAGGUCACAUUAAGAAGACUAACAGAACUUAUGAAGAUUGAGAAUGGAAUUUAAUUAUAUAUACAUAUGAUUUAACAUAAAAUAUCUUAAUAGUCCAUACAAUUCAAAGUAUUAAGCACCUAAAAUGCAAUUAAAAGUUCCAUCUAAAUUUAAUGUUAAUAAAAAUAGAAGGAUUUAAGCUCCAUCUUUGGAUAGACUGAUUCGAUCCUCGCACCCUGGUAACAAAUAGUGGUGGUGUUUCUUUGGCAACACUUGAU